GGGGUGGGCACAGGGGAGGGUGAAGUUGCAGCAAAUGUCUGACUUUCUGUCCUGCUCUUUCGCGGCUCCCACUGUCCGAGUUUUGUUCUGAGCAAAGUGAAGAAGCCGCAGCAGUAGCGGCUCGACAACCAGGAAAUAAAGUACAGUAACAAAUAAGCAGCAUGAUUCCCCGGAGCGGCCGCAACUUCGCCUUUUUGUGAUAUUUUAGUGCAUUAACUUUCAAAGCGGUGCGGAGUCACAGCAAGGUGUCACACACACCGCCAGCGACCCAAUUUAAGGAGUCGUGUGCCGAAUCAUCUCGUGUGUUCUGUGGAUUUGAAGAAGCUUGUGAGGAAUUGGAAACACUCUUGGUCAGAGUGUGAGAACGGUACUGCUCCAGAUUUGGCAUCAAAUAAAGAAUAUAGACGCACUGGAGAAGAUACAAAAAAUAUUUCCAAGAAUGAUGCCACAACUGAAAAGUUUAUAACUUUAAAGAAAGGUGGAACAGAUUGCGAUUCCUUUGACUGGAAAAGCCAAGGUGGAGAGAGUUGAUUGCAGCAGUGUCUUGGGGAUUAUACUUCAGUGUCUGGAAGCUCCAAGACAAUCCUGGAGGGUUGGCAACUGCAAUUUGACUGCAUACAGCACAAAAUCCAGUGCAGUGUCAAACUGGAUUUUACGAAGUGCUCCGAAGCAGCCUCUGAACCAUCACGUGUUGUGAGGUGAAAAAGAAACUUUGCCUACUGUUACAGAAUGAUGGCCUGCAUUACGGUAACUGAUGUGGACACCGGAUCAGCCCCGCUCCAAAAUGGAGACCUUCAUCAAAGCUCACAAACACCCAUACAGGCCGGAAUGGGCUUGCAAGUAAAACUUUAUCCUAUCCCUGGAAAACCAGAUAACAAUUGCCUAACGUUUCCACCAGAUGAAUAUGUCGCAGAAGAGAUCUGCAUAGCAGCUGCCAAAGCCUGUGGUAUUCCACCAGUGUACUAUACCCUUUUUGCUCUGAUGAGUGAGAAAGACCGCUCUUGGUAUCCUCCAAACCAUGUCUUCGAUGUUGAUGAUUCAGCAGAUGAAUCCACCAUUUUCCGACUAAGAUUCUACUUUCCACAUUGGUAUAGUCCUGGAAAUAAUAGAGCCUUUCGCUAUGGUGUUACCAAGGGUGCAGAGAGCCCUUUUAUCGAUGAUACUAUAAUGACGUACCUUUUUGCUCAGUGGCGUGAUGACUUUAUUAAUGGAUGGGUAAAAAUACCAGUUACACAUGAAACACAAGAGGAAUGUCUUGGUAUGGCAGUGCUCGAUAUAAUGAGAAUGGCAAAGGAGAAGGACCAAUCUCCUUUGGACAUCUAUCACACAAACAGUUACAAAUCGUUGUUGCCGAAAAAUAUUCGCCUAAAGAUCCAAAAUUACCACUUUGUAACAAGGAAGCGGAUUCGAUACAGAUUUUACAGGUUUAUCCAGCAAUUCAGCCAGUGCAAUGCAAGCGCUCGAGAUCUGAAGUUGAAGUAUUUGAUUAACAUGGAAACUCUUCAGCCUGCCUUUUUCUCGGAGUAUUUUGAAGUGAAGGAGCCAGUGCAAGGACCUUCAGGAGAAGAUAUCUUUACAACCAUCAUUGUAACUGGAAAUGGAGGAAUUCAGUGGAUGAAGGGGAAAUGUAAAGACCACAAUUUUCAGUCUGAUCAGGAUCUACAGCCUUAUUGCGAUUUCCCUGAAAUCAUCAACGUCAGCAUCAAGCAAGCAAGCAAAGAUGGCUCCUCCGAGGGCAGAAUAGUCACCAUAAACAGACAGGACAGCAAGACUUUGGAAGUGGAGUUUCCGUCCCUGAAAGAAGGCUUUUCAUUUGUCUCACUAAUUGAUGGAUAUUAUAGGCUGACUGCAGAUGCUCAUCACUACCUCUGUAAAGAGGUUGCACCUCCAAGAUUGUUGGAAAACAUUCAGAUUAACUGCCAUGGGCCCAUCGCGAUGGACUUUGCUGUGCAUAAACUCAGGAAGGCAGGAAAUCAGAAAGGCUUUUACAUUCUUCGAUGUAGCCCCAAAGAGUUUAAUAAGUACUUUCUCACUGUGGCCAUAGAGAAAGACAAUGUGACUGAAUGCAGACACUGCUUGAUUACCAAGAAUGAAAACAAUGAAUACAAUCUGAAUGGAGCAAAGAAGAGUUUCAGCAGCCUCAGAGAGUUGCUAAACUGCUACAAAAAGGAGAUUGUCCGUUCCGAUGGUGUUAUUUUCCAGUUUAGCAAAUGCUGUCCACCAAAACCAAAAGAUAAAUCUAACCUUCUGGUCUUGAGGAGCAACAGUGCUUCUGAUCUGCCAACAUCGCCAACAUUGCAGAGGCACAAUGUCAGCCAAAUGGUAUUUCACAAGAUCAGGAAAGAAGAUUUGGUGUUUGGUGAAAGCCUGGGGCAAGGAACAUUCACCAAAAUCUUCAAAGGAGUAAGGGAAGAAUUGGGAGAUUAUGGUCAAAUACACAAGACAGAAGUUCUCUUAAAAGUGCUGGAAAAGGCACACAGAAAUUACUCUGAGAGCUUUUUUGAGGCAGCAAGCAUGAUGAGCCAACUGUCCUAUAAGCACUUGGUGUUAAAUUACGGAGUCUGUGUAUGUGGUGAAGAGAAUGUCAUGGUUCAGGAAUAUGUGAAGUUUGGAUCACUGGACACAUAUCUGAAGAGAAACAAAAACAAUGUGAAUAUCCUGUGGAAGCUGGAGGUGGCCAAGCAGUUGGCUUGGGCGAUGCAUUUCUUAGAAGACCGAAACCUUGUCCAUGGAAAUGUCUGUGCCAAGAAUGUGCUGAUGAUCAGGGAAGAGGAUAGGAAGACUGGAAACCCUCCAUUCAUAAAGCUUGCUGAUCCUGGAGUUGGUAUGACAGUUCUAUCGAAAGACGUCUUAGUUGAACGGAUUCCCUGGGUGCCACCAGAAUGCAUUGAGGAUCCCAAGAAUUUGAGCUUGGCAACAGACAAAUGGAGUUUUGGUACUACUUUAUGGGAGAUUUGCAGUGGAGGAGAUAAGCCACUUGGUCCACUUGACUCCACAAGGAAACUGCAGUUUUACGAAGAUAAGCAUCAGCUUCCUGCGCCAAAGUGGUUAGAGCUGGCAAACCUCAUCAAUCAAUGCAUGAAUUAUGAUCCAGACUUCAGGCCUUCGUUUCGUGCCAUAAUACGUGACCUGAACAGCCUCUUUACCCCAGAUUAUGAAUUAUUGGCCGAAAGUGACUUACUGCCAAAUAUGCGAGGUGGCGGUCUUGGCUUCCUUGGUGCCUGUACAGACCAUGAUCCUGCACAGUUUGAGGAAAGGCAUCUCAUAUUUUUACAGCAGUUGGGCAAGGGUAACUUUGGCAGUGUUGAGCUCUGCCGAUAUGACCCACUGCAGGACAGCACAGGCGAUGUGGUGGCAGUGAAGAAGCUGCAGCAAAGCACUGCAGAACACGUACGCGACUUUGAAAGAGAAAUUGAAAUCCUCAAGUCCCUUCAGCAUGACAACAUUGUCAAGUACAAAGGAGUGUGCUACAGCGCUGGACGGAGAAACUUGAGAUUAAUUAUGGAGUACCUACCUCAUGGAAGCCUUCGUGACUAUUUACAGAAGAACAAAGAUCGGAUUGAUCACAAGAAGCUGCUUGCUUAUGCUUCUCAAAUCUGCAAGGGGAUGGAGUAUCUGGGAACCAAACGAUAUAUACACCGAGACCUGGCAACACGAAACAUUCUUGUGGAAAAUGAGAACCGGGUGAAAAUCGGUGAUUUUGGUUUGACCAAAGUCUUACCACAAGAUAAAGAAUAUUACAAGGUGAAAGAGCCAGGGGAAAGUCCAAUCUUUUGGUACGCACUGGAGUCCCUGAUGGAGAACAAGUUCUCAGUGGCUUCAGAUGUCUGGAGCUUUGGAGUGGUGCUAUAUGAACUUUUCACAUACAGCGAGAAGACUAAAAGUCCACCAUCAGAAUUCAUGCGCAUGAUCGGCAGUGACAAGCAAGGACAGAUGAUUGUCUUCCAUUUGAUCGAGCUUCUUAAAGUGGGUAGAAGGCUGCCAAAUCCGGAUGGGUGUCAUGACAUGAUGUAUUUAAUAAUGAAGGAAUGCUGGAACAGUGCAUCGACUCAGCGUCCAACUUUUAAGGAACUUGCUCAAAAAGUGGACUCUAUGAGGGAUUCUAUGGGAGGAUGAGUUUGCAGAAUGUUCAACUUUGUGCUCUUUUGUCCAAUCACAACUGCUGCUUUUCCAACCUGUAGCUGGCACUGUCCAAACUCUUGGGCACACAAUCAAAUCAAGGGGACUGAUUGCUAUCAUACCACGUUCUAACAAGCAGGAUCACUUUGGACUUCUUUUACAGGCCCUGGGAAAGGAUAGUCCUUCCACUGUGAUGUUACAGUUCAUCAGGACAAACUGCUAAUUCUGUACAAAAAACAUAAUCAAGUAGGUGCUGUAACUGUGACAUGAUCUGCCCACUUCAGGCAUGGUAACAGGAGGAUUUAAUAUUGCAACUGUUCAUAAUAGGAGGAGUUAACUUUACGGAGAUGACACUUCACAGCGAUGCAAGGGGUUUUCAUUUGUGACGAACGUCAAAUGGCUUUCAUCACUGAAUGCAAAGCAAUAUGUUGUGCUAUUUGCACAAGAACUGGCUAAAGAAAAAGAUUCUAAUUGUAAAUUUGUCCUUUGUAACCUAAACCUGCCCUAACAUAAAUUCCUUCAAAGAAUGGAGAAUAAUUUCACUGUAACAUAUAGGGCCCCAUUUACACUUGUCGUAGUUAAUAGAGCUAAAAUUAUUAUCUACAAAAGGAAAGGAACAUUAUCUGGAGCUGAAUAUUUUCAUGAACCAACUAGGCUGUGAAUGUGAAUAUAGUGAUGUAUUAAAUAAUGAUGAUUGUAGAAAGUGUGUAUUACUGUAGAAUAAGGCAGAUGUUGGGAUGAUAAGUUUCUAAAAGAUUUUCUAAUGCUGUGCAAAUUUGGAAAUUGCCACAUUCAUUAAGGAAGAAUUGUGUCGUAUGUGAUCUGGAAUGUACAGCAAUGCAUAGUUAGUAGCCAACUUGAUCCGCCAUAUGUUAUACUGCGAUUAUGAUAAUGGAUUAAUUGUGAAGGAAAGAGAUGUUGACUGCAGUCAUCUUAGAUUAAUUAUAUGAAGGAAAGCUCAGGGACGUAUUUUUUUUAACAAAGUUAUAAAUGUGGGAUUCAUUGUUUAGUCCAGAAAUAAGUUGUUAUGUGCAUUAAUUUGGUGGGAGUUCAAGGCCAUUUUUGAAUUUAUUCUGCCAAUCAGGCCCACCACCAGAUUCUCAUGGACAAGCAGGGGUGGGCAACAAAUGCCAGUUUUGCCAGCAAUGCUCACAUCCAAAGAAUUUUUUUUUUAAAUCAUGCAAAUCCUCCAUAGUCCUUAGCCCUCCAUGGAAAAGCAUUCUUCAGUGAUUCAUGAAGUAUAACAAAAAUGUAAAUAUAAAAGGACCAGCAUCUGAACUUUAUCCAUUUGAUUGUAGUAAGUUAACCAUUACUGCUAGGAUUUAUCCUAGACUAAGGAGUAUGCAUUUGCAGAAUACAUAAAUAUAGCUGCAUACUUACAUGGAGAGCAAGGACAUUUUUUGGUAAUAUUGAUUUGGAGCUUGAAUUGCAAAAGAGCUUUUCAUUUUCAUUUUGUUCUUUAUUUUAAUUUUUUACAGACUCUUAAGUUCUCUUCCACAUGUACAGUCUCAGUUUGAACUGCAUUGUUUCAAAGAAUAAUCAGAAAUCUCAACAGUUAUCAAUGAUUCAGUGUUUCCAUGCACCAAACUAACAGUGGCUGAAAAAUGAGCAUUUGGAAAUACUGUGCAUUCUGUAAAUGAUCCACAUAACAGCAAUGCACUACUAUCAGCAUACAUACAUUGAAAUCUUCCAUUUGUUAGAUGAGAGUUAUCCAGCAAAUACUAACAAUGUAAGUCAUGUGUGCUCAUUUGCUUCUUCCAUUUUGGUUACAAGGCACAGAAUGCAACAUUUUAGUGGCUACAUGCUGUUGCUAAGUGGUAUAAAGGAUUGGCCUGGUACUGGGUGAAUGUUGGGAAGAGAGUGGUUGAAUGCAAAUGCACAGUGCAGCAUUUUCAUGUUGGCACGGUAUAUUUAUGGGGCUACUUACCUCUGGUCCUUGUUCUUUGUGGGAUUCGAGUUUUUGGGUGUGAGCUUUGGAAAGACCAUCUCUGAGAUGGAGGGAUGUAAUCAACAGGCAAUUACCAUUAAACUGUUUUUGCCAGAACUCUGUUUCCUGCAAAAUUUUUCAGCACCACGUUCCAUCAAGCAGCCUCAAACAGUAUUUAGCACUGCUAGGUUAAUGACCAGUGCUAUUGCUUGGAUUUCACUAAAAGGCCAUUGUUGCAGUUAUGGAAUGUCUUGCAAUGUUCACUUGAACUGUGAAAAAGUCCAGAUGUAUUCUCUUUGGGAUACAUAGCAGAGGAGCAAUUUGAAGCAAUGAGUGGAUUGUUGAUUUACAGCAUAUUGGCUUAAGUACUACUUCUUUAUUGUGCUACUACCAAACUGCUGAAAUAAGCCAAGAGACAUUACUGUUGUCCCUUGGGGAACUGCAGGUAAUUAAUGAUGCAGACUGACUGGAGAAAACCAGGAGAUAUUUCUUUAAGAGUAAGACUGAAGCAAAAUUGAAAAGCACAUCUCCUCGGAUGCUAUUGUUCUUUCUGUUUGAACAAACAAAAUCAAUUUAGAACUUUGGUACUCAUGCAUGUUGAUUUUGUCUGUCCAAUAAAAAAGCUAUACGUGCCUCUUAA